AUGGCUGAGAUCCGCCGUAAGCUCGUCAUCGUCGGCGACGGUGCCUGCGGUAAAACCUGCUUGUUGAUUGUCUUCUCCAAGGGUACCUUCCCUGAGGUCUACGUUCCCACCGUUUUCGAGAACUACGUCGCCGAUGUCGAGGUUGAUGGCAAGCACGUCGAGCUGGCCCUUUGGGAUACGGCUGGCCAGGAAGAUUACGACCGUCUCCGUCCCCUUUCUUACCCCGACUCCCACGUCAUCCUGAUCUGCUUCGCCGUCGACUCCCCCGACUCCCUGGACAACGUUCAGGAGAAGUGGAUCUCUGAGGUCCUGCAUUUCUGCCAGGGUCUGCCCAUCAUUCUUGUCGGUUGCAAGAAGGAUCUCCGCUACGACUCCAAGACGAUUGAGGAGCUGCGUAAGACCAGCCAAAAGCCCGUCUCCCCUGAAGAGGGUGAGGAAGUCCGCAAGAAGAUCGGUGCCUACAAGUACCUCGAGUGCUCCGCCAAGACGAACGAGGGUGUCCGCGAGGUUUUCGAGCACGCCACGCGCGCUGCUCUGCUCUCCCGCAGCCGGAGCAGCGGCAAGAAGCACAAGUGCUUGAUGCUCUAA